AUGGCAUUAAUUGAUCCAGCCUCCAUAUCGUUAGGUGAGGAGGAGGAAGAGGAGGAAGAAGAAGAAGAGCAGACGUUGAAUUCAGGAUGUAUACCCGCUGUUGGUGCAAGCGUUGUCAUCGAUGAACAGGAUGGUUCAACAGGUCAAUCUACAUCAAUCAAAGACGAUCGAAGUACAAAGGAAUCUUCCUCCAGGAAUAAUCAUUAUCCGAACGAAACUACUUCUUUGCGUUUUGUACAACCUCAAUUCAUGUACCAAGUUAUUCCAAAAACAAAACUACCACCCGACGCGUGUGGCAGUACGUUCAAAAUCAGUGUAGAUCAAAUUACAGACUCUAUUUAUUCGGAUUUCAUUAUUUUGAUGACUGGUGGAGAAGUGAUUCCACCAGCAGAAGAACAUAGAAGAAUUCUAAAUGCAAUGGUGCAAGGAGAUGAUUAUACUAUAGCGUGUGACGUGGACGAUGAAUUCCUUGGCCAUCUUGAUUACGUAAUCGUUCAUCUUCCUUCUGUAAGGCUUUUGUUAACCAGCGAACAACGUGAACAAGUUAUAGAAUCCGUUGUGGCACGGUUUAAAAAUGACAAACAUCCAAUUGGUGUCUGUUUGCAACUACUGCAGAAAAAUUACAUCGGAUUCCCUUCAGUUAUCAGACUACGUAAUGCGUUGAUGGAUUGUCUGAGUCGUUUGAUGACAGCAGGAGAAGACGAUGUUGAUUACGCAGUAUCACAUUUGGGUAAUUCUGGUGCUCAGGGUUUCGCUGGUGAAGGUAUGUCCAAUGAUUCCGUAUUGCCUGGAACCAGUUCAGAUUUUGUUCGAAGGAAAGGAACGAGCCAAAAUUUGCUAAAUACGGCUAUUCCCGACAACGAAUAUGAUAUACUGGCUCAAAUUCUGGCCAGAAAAUUGAAAAUCGAUGAUGUUGAUAAUGUUGUUCUGAGAGAAGCCAUUAAGGCGCGGAUGAAGGGUGGUUUACUUAUUGGCGAAUACUGGUCAGAGCCGAAUGAAUUUCUUUCCUCUGGUUGGCGUAUUCGAUUGCGUGAUUCCGGGAAAAUUGUUCCACGAAUUAGUGAAAUUGAUGAUAUUUGGCGGCGAUGUUACGAAACAAUGCCAGAUUGUACACAGAAGCAAAUGUUAGCUUACCUAGAGGAAAGAUAUGUUGGUGUAAGUUUGAAAACAAAGCAACGAGCAGCAACAAAAGAUAUUUUACUGAAAGGAUCACGAGUACAGUUUCCUAGCAAACCACGUUGUAUUGGGAGUAAACCUAUGCAAUAUGUUCAGAUCGAUAUGGUUGAAAUGGAAUGUUCGGAAUAUGGCGAUCGUUGUUAUACUAUGGCAUUGAUUGUAACCGAUCUUUAUUCGCAUUUUGUAUUUGGUAGAGCACUAGCAGAAGCACCGGACACUUCCUUACUUGUUCGACAUUUAAUGGAUAUUUUUGGAGCUUUUGCUCCGCCGGAAGCUUAUCGGACUUAUACAAAUGAUGAAGUAAUUGGACUUGUUAUGUCAGAUAUCGAGAAAUUGUUCAAAAUUGAAAUAAAAAAUAUUGGACACGGUGUGAUGAAUCAUGCUAAUCUGUGUGCUAGUAUGUAUAAACGUGCAGCCGAAGAACUUGGUGGUCGUGAACGUUGGGUUGAAGCACUUCCUUUUGCUGUUAUUGAUUAUAAUCAGACUCCGGUGAAGUGUUUUGGUGACCUUCGAAUUUCACCAUUUGAGAUUUUGUUCGGUCGAAGACCCUGGCGAAAUCAUACUAUUCCACCGUGGGUACGCAGUAGUUUAUACGGUGAAAAUGUAAAUGAAGCGGAAGGAUAUGUAGAAGAAAAUCGUGUGGAGAAUAUAAGCGGUGCAACAGAAAUGUGCAUGAUACGCUCAACUCCACUUCCACGACGACCUGAAGUUGAGGAAAGAUUAGCCAGUGUAUAUUUAAGCGAAGUAUCUAGUAAUCGUGCUAAAAUUUCCUGUAUACUUGGCCGUUAUCCGGCAAAAUUCAAUGAUGCAGGUCAUGUUAUCGAUCCGGGUACUGGUUAUCUGUAUGAAGUUGGUGAUUGUGUUUAUCUUCGAAACUUUGAACAAGAAGAAACAUACGUGGAUUGCCCAAAAAAGCGUCAUAAUGAGUCACGCUAUUAUCGUGCAAGUAUUGUUGAAGUGGAUUAUCAGAAUCCAGAUUUCAUGUAUAAAGUGUGUUACUGGGAUGAUAUCAUUGAUGUCGAUCAUCUUCCACCGAAUCAAUGGCCCGGUGAAGGCUCUUUAUCGGCUUGGGUUUCACCGUACGAUAUCGCUCCUUCUACUGCAGAUCUUGCAAGGCGUAGGAAUGUUGUAAGACGUCGAGAAUUGGAGUUUCAAUGCAAAUGUGGCUAUGAUUUUUGUGAGUUGGUUUAUAAUCAAAACUGCCCAUACAAAUUAUCGCAAGCUUGUUGCCAAAGACUUAAAAUGAAUUGUCCUUAUCAUUCUCGUUUAAAGGCACCACCACGUGAAAUACCGAUAUUGCGUUCAAAGAAUUCAGCAGCACCUGUACUUAAACUGGCAGCAAGCGGAGAACGAAGAUUGCUUGCAUUGCCAAGACAAAUGAAAUCUGAAUUUGAUCAUUCAAGCUCUCGCUGGGUUUUCCAAGGAGGUCGAUAUAUUGAACUCUUUCCGAGUUCAUCAAACGCAAUUUCAUUAUUAGGUCGAGAAGACCAGCAGAGCAAUGUACACUUCGAUUAUGAUGUUGGAGCAUUUUCACCUAAAAGGAGGAGAUUGCAGGCUCAGUACGGUAAUGCUUGCUAUUCAAAUUUUGUUUAUGAUGGAAAUUCAAUGAUUUCGAGGCUUCCCGGUGAUCGUUCAUAUGGAUAUCAGUCGGUGGAACUCUAUGAACCGAAAGAUAAUUUGAUGAUUUCAAAUGCCCAUGAACUAGAAGGAUUAGAAGUGGACAAUGAGAGCAUUGAUGUUGCUUCAAAUGAUCAAGAUGCUUCUCCCUCUGAGGAGGAAGUUCUAUCAAUAAGAAGUACGAAACGUAUAUCUGCACCUCCACAGCGCCUGAGUCCUACAUAG